UGUCCCGACGUUUCCGGGUCUCGGCAGAUGUGAGUCCGAUGGAGCCGUCAGGGGAAGGCGAGCAGCCGCCUCAGCAGCAGCCGUGGGGGAGGCUCCUCCGCCUGGGUGCCGAGGAGGGCGAGCCGCACGUCCUCCUGAGGAAACGCGAGUGGACCAUCGGGCGGAGGAGAGGUUGUGACCUUUCAUUUCCUGGCAAUAAAUUGGUCUCUGGAGAUCACUGUAAAAUUAUAGUGGAUGAAAAAUCUGGUCAGGUAUUGCUGGAAGAUACCAGCACCAAUGGAACAGUAAUUAACAAGCUGAAGGUUGUUAAGAAGCAGACUUGUCCUUUGCAGACAGGGGAUGUCAUCUACUUGGUGUACAGGAAGAAUGAGCCAGAGCACAAUGUGGCAUACCUCUACGAAUCGUUAAACAGAAAGCACGGCGUGGCACAGGAUCCCUUUGAAGCCAAUAAAGAAAACGUGUUCCACGUGACCAAAGAUACCUCAGGUGCAGGGCAAGGUGAUGAGCCCCAGGUCCUGCCGUCAUUGCCCGCCACUCAGGUGUGCUUUGAGGAACCACAGCCAUCCACAUCGACGUCAGACCUCUUUCCCUCAGCCUCUACCUCUUCUAUGGAGUCCCCUGCAGGGCGAGUGCCACCCUUCAGCUCUGCUGCCAGAGGUGCCGGCAUAUCCCCGAAAGGGUGUGGUCCACCCGUGACAAACGAUGAAACCUCCAGCAUCCCUUUAGCUGUCCCCAACAGAGAGGGAGCAUCCCUUCCUCCAUCGGAACCACAGGAUCGAGAGGGUCUGGAGCCUGUUAAGAAGAGAAUGAGAGAAGAUAAAUGCAAAAAUGCCUUGGAAACACAGGGUUCAUACCAGGAGAAACAGCUAAACACACGGAAGCAGUUUCUGUGGAGAAGAGAGGCUAAAGAUGGGGAGCCCAACCUGAAUAUGCAUUUGUUGGUCACAGACCAGUGUAGGGACACCCACAGCACCCUUGAGGAAGUCAGAGCUGUGGCCGAGAAGCCUGACAAGAUGGAGGAGACACUGACGUGCAUCAUUUGCCAGGACCUGCUGCACGACUGUGUGAGCCUGCAGCCCUGCAUGCAUACCUUCUGCGCGGCCUGCUACUCGGGCUGGAUGGAACGCUCCACGCUGUGCCCCACGUGCCGCUGCCCGGUCGAGCGGAUCUGUAAAAACCACAUCCUCAACAACCUGGUGGAGGCCUACCUUCUCCAGCACCCAGACAAGAGUCGCAGUGAGGAAGAUGUGCGGAGCAUGGCCGCCAGGAACAAGAUCACUCAGGACAUGCUGCAGCCCAAAGUCAGGAGGUCUUUCUCAGACGAGGAGGGCAGUUCGGAGGACCUGCUGGACCUGUCUGAUGUGGACAGCGAAUCCUCGGAUAUUAGCCAGCCAUACAUCGUGUGCAGACAGUGCCCCGAGUACCGGAGGCAGGUGGGGCAGCCCCUUCCCUGCUCAGGGCUUGGCAGCGAGCAGGGGACACCACAGGCUUCAGGGGACACACCAUCCACGUCCUCCAGUGUCACAACAGCCCAGGAUUACGUGUGCACCCUGCAAGGCAGCCAUGCCAUAUGUACCUGCUGCUUCCAGCCCAUGCCCGACCGGAGAGCAGAACGUGAGCAGGACCCCCGCAUCGCACCCCAGCAGUGUGCUGUCUGCCUGCAGCCUUUCUGUCACCUGUACUGGGGCUGCGCCCGGACCGGCUGCCUUGGCUGCCUGGCCCCCUUCUGUGAACUCAACCUGGGUGACAGGUGUCUGGACGGAGUGCUGAGCAACAACAACUACGAGUCCGACAUCCUGAAGAAUUACCUGGCGGCCAGGGGUUUGACAUGGAAGAACAUGCUGACUGAAAGCCUGGUGGCGCUGCAGAGGGGAGUGUUCCUGCUGUCUGAUUACAGAGUCACAGGGAGCACCGUGCUGUGUUACUGCUGCGGCCUGCGAAGCUUCAGAGAGCUGACCUACCAGUAUCGGCAGAACAUUCCCGCCUCUGAGUUGCCAGUGGCUGUAACUUCCCGUCCUGACUGCUAUUGGGGUCGCAACUGCCGCACUCAGGUGAAGGCCCACCAUGCAAUGAAAUUCAAUCAUAUCUGUGAACAGACUAGGUUCAAGAACUAAGCAUCUGAGGAGGCACCAAGAUGGCUUGAGAAUAUAGGAGUCAAUGACGGCGUGUUUCAGGAAAUACUAAAUAUGAACAGUUUAAGGGCAUUUUACACUCCCCCUCAGGGCAUGCAUCUAGCUCUCUGGUGUGAAUUUUUCUUCUGUGGAGGAGACAGUCUCAGUGAGGCCCAGCAGCGGCCUAGGUGGCCUGGGGUGCAUGACUGACCUCUGAGCUUGGGGUGCCCGAAGCACUUCAGCCAGAACAGCCAUCAGCUAUCCCCUCCUCCUGAGCAGGUUUGCUCUCUGCACCUUUCACACAGCUAUGGUUUUAAAACGCAUGUCUCUCUUCAAGAAAAGUUUCAUGGAAGAAAAAGGAAAGUUUGUCAGAAACAUUCUGUUUAAGGAAAAGAUUUACAGCCCACAGGCUGUGCAGUGCCCCCUGGGGAAAGCCACAGCUCUUACAUGCUUUUUAUUUUAAUAGGGUUGGUGCUUAUCUUCUAGUAAGAUUUAAAUACCACAAACUGUAGCACAAAUAAUAUAAAUUAUAAUUUACAAAUUGACUAAAAUUGAGGAUAGUAUGGUAUUUGAAAGAAUAAAGUAUGUUUCUCUUUAUUAAUAAAAACAUCAGGUGUCCAGAACUGCUAACCCUGGACACCGACAUUGGGUGCAAGGCCCCCUCCCAGGUAUGGGUAAGUUGGGUCUCCACCAUGCUGAGCCUGCAAGGAAGCAAAACAAUGGUCCCUGCUGCUCCUCUGUCAGCAUAGCUGCAGCCCCCACCCACUGUCCCCAUGUUCUGUAUUCCUUCCUGUGGGCGGCCAAGGUGCCAGGUGCAGGUCAGCCCUGGUGGCACCACAACCUUACUGUACCAGCCCCUUCCCACCAGGGGCAUAAGGGGCCUUUGCUUCCACUAGUCCUUGACCUUUCCUCCUGCAUUGGGUUUGCUGUCAUCUGGAAUAAUACUUGAAAUUUUGUUCUUUGUAAAAGAAAAAAAUGUUUUUUAUCUUUUGUUAAAAUCACCUGUUAAGUUUGUUUGCAAAACUGUAACUUUUUGCUUCUUCUCAGGAAUACAAUUUUCAACUGUUGUCUUGCUCUUGAUACAGACUGAGAAGCAGCACCUGUGUGUGAGAGAAGGCCUCCUUCCUGCAUCUAAUAAACAAGCCGUGUCUGUUUCUCUCUCAUGUUUGUUUGUGUGUGGGUUAUGGUGUGCCCCUUUCCAUCAUGGGGACAGGCAGCCGUAGAUGUCACUAGUUACUAUUUACUACUAAGGAGAUUCCACU